AAAAUUUCUUUUUCCUUUUAUUAGUCUUCCUCCAUCUUCUUCCUUUAUGGGGGCCAGCACGACACCUCCCCAAUUUACCCGCCACCCACGUUCCACAAACAAUACAAAAUCCAAUUAAGAUCCAAUUGGCGGGAAAAUUUCAAAUCCCUUAAAUCAGAUAAGAGGGAAACUCAACUCACAACUUGCGCCCCCAAACCCUAAUUUUGAAACUCUAAUCCACCCAUUCUCAUUUCCUAUAUAAUUCCUGCUCCUACUUCUCUCUUUUCUAAGCGCCCAUCACCUGCUCGACGAAAUUCCUUUGUGAGAGAUUAUAUCUUCAAGAUGUAUGUGGUCAAGAGAGAUGGGAGGCAAGAGGCCGUGCAUUUCGAUAAGAUUACUGCGAGGUUGAAGAAGCUUAGUUAUGGCCUCAGCAGUGAUCACUGUGAUCCGGUGCUUGUGGCUCAGAAGGUGUGCGCUGGUGUCUACAAGGGUGUUACCACUAGCCAGCUUGAUGAAUUGGCCGCUGAGACUGCCGCUGCUAUGACAGCAAACCACCCCGAUUAUGCCUGCUUGGCUGCCAGAAUUGCUGUUUCAAAUCUUCAUAAGAACACAAAAAAGUCGUUCUCUGAAACUGUCAAAGACAUGUAUAAUCAUUUCAAUGAGAGAUCUGGAUUGAAGGCUCCCUUGAUUGCUGAUGAUGUUUAUGAUAUAAUCAUGAAGAAUUCUGCUUGUUUGGACAGUGAGAUCAUAUAUGACCGGGAUUUUGACUAUGAUUACUUUGGCUUCAAAACCCUUGAGAGGUCCUACCUUUUGAAAGUUCAAGGGAAGGUUGUAGAAAGACCUCAGCAUAUGUUGAUGAGGGUUGCUGUUGGCAUUCACAAGGAUGAUAUUGAAUCUGCCAUCAAAACAUACCACAUGAUGUCUCAGCGUUGGUUCACUCAUGCCUCUCCAACCCUUUUCAAUGCUGGGACGCCAAGGCCUCAAUUGAGUAGCUGCUUCUUGAUCUGCAUGAAAGAUGAUAGCAUUGAAGGAAUAUAUGAUACAUUGAAGGAGUGUGCUGUAAUCAGCAAAUCAGCAGGAGGGAUUGGUGUGUCAGUUCAUAAUAUCCGAGCAACAGGCAGUUAUAUUCGUGGAACAAAUGGUACAUCUAAUGGUAUUGUUCCAAUGCUGCGGGUCUUCAAUGACACUGCUCGUUAUGUUGAUCAAGGAGGGGGCAAGAGAAAGGGUGCCUUUGCUGUGUAUUUGGAGCCAUGGCAUGCAGAUAUUUUUGAGUUUUUGGAUCUAAGGAAGAACCAUGGAAAGGAAGAGCAUCGGGCUCGGGAUCUAUUUUAUGCUCUUUGGGUGCCUGAUCUCUUCAUGGACAGAGUCCAGAGUGAUGGUCACUGGUCUUUAUUCUGUCCUAAUGAGGCUCCUGGUCUGGCAGAUUGCUGGGGUGUAGAAUUUGAGAAACUAUACACCCAAUAUGAAAAGGAGGGCAAGGCAAAGAAGGUUGUCCAGGCACAGAACCUCUGGUUUGAAAUUUUGAAAUCCCAGAUAGAAACUGGGACCCCUUACAUGCUGUUUAAGGAUACUUGCAACAGAAAAAGCAACCAGAAAAAUCUGGGCACGAUUAAGUCAUCAAAUUUGUGUACUGAGAUAAUUGAAUACACAAGCCCAACAGAGACUGCUGUCUGUAAUCUGGCAUCUAUUGCCCUGCCAAGAUAUGUCAGGGAGAAGGGGGUUCCUCUCGAGUCUCAUCCAUCUAAGCUUGUUGGGAGUAGAGGUUCUAAGAAUAGAUAUUUUGAUUUUGACAAACUGGCUGAGGUCACUGAAAUUGUUACAAGAAAUCUUAACAAAAUAAUUGAUGUCAAUUACUACCCUGUUGAAACUGCAAGGAGGUCUAAUUUAAGACAUAGGCCUAUUGGUAUUGGAGUUCAGGGGCUUGCAGAUACCUUUAUCUUACUUGGCAUGGCCUUUGACUCACCAGAGGCUCAACAGCUGAACAAGGACAUUUUUGAGACCAUUUAUUACCAUGCUCUGAGAGCCUCUUGUGAGUUAGCUGCAAGAGAUGGCCCCUAUGAAACAUAUGUUGGGAGUCCUGUGAGCAAGGGCAUUCUUCAGCCUGAUAUGUGGAAUGUAACUCCUUCAAAUCGGUGGGAUUGGGAUGCUCUUAGGAAUGUGAUAGCUGAGAAUGGAGUUAGGAAUUCACUUCUCUCAGCACCAAUGCCAACUGCUUCAACCAGCCAGAUUCUUGGAAAUAAUGAAUGUUUUGAGCCAUAUACAUCCAAUAUAUACAGUCAAUUUGUUGUGGUGAAUAAACAUCUGCUUCAUGACCUAACUGAGAUGGGUCUCUGGUCUCCUGUUGUUAAGAACAAGAUAAUCUAUGAGAAUGGUUCUGUUCAUAAUAUCCCAGAAAUACCUGAUGAUUUGAAAGGAAUUUAUAGGACUGUUUGGGAAAUCAAGCAAAAAACUUUGGUUGACAUGGCUGUAGAUCGUGGAUGCUUUAUAGAUCAGAGUCAAAGCUUAAAUAUACAUAUGGACCAGCCUAAUUUUGGAAAACUAACCUCCUUACAUUUUUAUGCAUGGUCCAAGGGUUUAAAGACUGGAAUGUACUAUCUACGAUCACGUGCUGCAGCUGAUGCCAUCAAGUUCACCGUGGAUACUUCCAUGCUUAAAGAAAAGUCCAAGGUAGAAGAGGAUGAUGGUGCCAAAAUGGCACAAAUGGUGUGCUCCCUGACAAACCGUGAGGAAUGCAUGGCUUGUGGGAGCUAAAUUUAACAAUGGAGCAGCGUGCUAUUUAUAUAUAGCACAUAGCUUGAGGGCUCUAAGAUCCAAAAUGCAGCAACAGCAGAAUUGCAGUUGGUUCUAGCUCCCAUUCUCUACCUGCUAGUAGGGAUUAAGGAUUAGGAGCAUCAUAAAUGGAAUCUAGUAUAAUUUAGUAUUACUAAACGUUGUGUAUAGCUAUUUAUAUUGGUAGAACUUGUUAACUCGGUCUAUGUUUUGUAUAAUGUUGUAGGAUGAUGUCUGGAGAAUCAAACUCUGAUUCUUAGUAUAAACUAUUUAUAUAUGGGAAUUUGCUUAAUUUAAAAUAUGUGCAAUUGUUUAUGGGGCCUUUGAAGGUGACUGGGAGGGCUUGAGCUCUGCUGGCUGUAGAUUUAGAGCAUUCUAGAUGUCGUGAUGGGUUGUAAAUAAGGUUGUUAGCGAGUUAGAUAACUCGAGUUUGAUUUCUUUAAUAAAUGAGUUCAGUUUGA